AUGUGCACCAAGGCUUCCGCCCAAAUAGUCAUCGGGAGCUACUUUGUGCCCAGAGUGUUGGUUCAGCUGCAGGUCUUCAUGCAGGCGCAAAGAAGAAAAAAAUUUCCAUCAAGCGCGAUCCGCCAAUGGAUCUGGUGGGCCGCAGUGGACGGUCUGCAUACAAUGCGAUCCUGGAAAAUACCAUCAUGGACCUCCUCCGCUUGCAGUUCUUUAAAAGAAAGCCCUCAGCCGCCUGUCGAAUCUUAUUCUUUGUCCCGUGAAACAAUCACAACAAAGAGUGUCCUUGACUAUUAUGCCUUUGUUCUGCACGCCCUCGGAUUCCACUCCAAUCAGGCGCGGCGCACCCAUGACUGCCACCACAUGCCGGUGGUCACUGACUUUGUCUGUUUGAUCCCCCGGCUGGUUUAUAUGCGGGCCGCAGCAAGGUACCGGAUUGCGCCUUUGUUGUUUAUAUUACACAGAUUCCAUGGAAAUACGCACAAGAAAUACAAUCCGCGUACGAAUCUUCCCCGUCAGUCUCGAACCCUCCCGGCAGCGUCGCGCGCAAGAACCCAUCGAUCUCCAGUACAUUCGAUACGCACGCCCGCGAAGCUCACGCACCAUGGCGCCUCCGCAAUCUCCAGUCAUCGAACCACGCCCACGGCGAAGCCUCUCGUCCAUCUCUCUCUCGUCAUCCCCCGUGCGCAGUCGACCACUGAGAUUCGGCUUCCCGUUUCUCAGGAGGGUGUCACGACGGGAGGACGAGACGGGAACAUCCAGACCCAGAGGUCGGGGCCGAUCACCUCGUCCAUUCAUCGUGGAUCCACCGCGGGAUGUCCAAAUCAGAUCGCUACAGAGAAGAAGCAGCUCUCUGCGGAUCCAGUCGAUCUCACCACGGAGGAGUCGGAGCGUGGAGACCAGAGAGCCCGAAGGGGACACAGACACACCUGCAGUUGA